AUGGCCGUGUGGGGGGCUGAAGAGCUGAGUCUCCAUCACAAGGAGCUGCUCACGCCGCGUGCCCUCACUGGGGACGAGCACACAGACCCCCACGGCCAGCCCGCCGGAGUCCAGCUGUGCUGCCCCACCUGCCGGGCCACCUGCGGCUCCAGGGAGGCCUUCGAGAACCGCUGCUCCUCCCUAGAGCAUACACAGAUGCUGGCCUUAGACAUGACAGUGCCCUGGAAGCGCUGCAGCCUGCCUACUGGGCUUUCCACGCUGGAGCUCUGCCCGAGGCCCAACCUCCGUGAGUUCGGGGACGUGUGCACCAAGGCACAUUCAGAACAGGAGCUGCAGGAGUGGACCCAGCGCACCGGGAUGGUGGCGUUAGGGAGCACAGCCUGGCGGGAGGGGCUGGUGCCUUACCAGGCCCGGCCGCUGGCCGAAUACCAGCGGAGCCGCAGUGAGGUCCUGGUGCUGGCUGAGACCGCUGAAGGCGUAUCUAUGCACUGCAACCAGCCCCUGGCGCAUCAGGCCCAGGAGAAGCAAACUCGGCACGCCUGGACCUUCACUAUCCACUCUGAGGCACCCCUGCUACACGUGGCCCUGCUCAAGCAGGCGCUGGGAGCAGACUUCUCACGGGUGGCCCCCAGCCCCUCUCUGGGCCAGGUCUUCAUGCUGGGGAAGUGCUUCUGCACGCCCGGCUCCCCAGCCCAGUUCCGGGUUGGGGUGCGUGUGCAGAGCUCUUGCUUCGGCGCCGUCCAGCAGUGGGUGGUCUUCCACUUCAGCCGCUGGGCAGUGCUGCUGAGGCAGCUAGAGCUGCAGCUGGGCCAGUGCACUCCUGGGGGCUCUGGGGGACGCCUGGCCUUCCAGAGGGGCUGGCACACUGGCAACGGCCACGUGGGGCCUGGCGUGGAGAGGACGGCCAAGCAGGCAGCCCUGAUGGCCACGUACAAGGUGCCUGCUCUGGGCCUGGAGCUCUGUCCUGGCGGCCGACCUGGGCCCAUCUCCGCCGCCAGCUAUCGGCAGAGGCUGCACCAGUGUCUCUAUGAGGAGGAGGCGGCUCUGAGCAACCGGUGGCCAAGCUGAACCUUCAGGCCGGUAUCCCUGAAGACGGCGCUGGAGACGCCAGCCCUGGGCAUCCUCUUCCCACCACCGGGAGCGCUGUACGCGCAGGUGCCCAUCCCCUCCCUGGUGCCAGACACGCACAAGGGCUUUCUGCUGGGCUGAGCGGUCAGCACAGCCCUCGUGGCCCCCGUGCCUGCACCUGACCUCAGGGUGCUUGAGGCGCCCGUGGAGACCCGGGCCAGCUCAGAGCGGACGCUGUGGCUGCUGCCGCCCGCCCACUACUGCGCAUCCCUGGGGCUGCAGCCCGAGACCAGGCGGACCUUAGAAGUACAGUUCCAGAUGGACCCGCUGGCCCUCCCCCGCUGGCACCAGGGUUGCCCUGUGCCCUGCCCUCCGCCCGGCAGCAGCAGGCAGAAGCUGCCCGUGGCGGUCGUCACGGGGACCAGCCCAGGGGGCACGCAGCCCACCGCCCCGCCGCUGAUCUGCGGCCCCUGUGGCACGGGCGGGACCUACACACUGGCCAUGGCCUCCCUGGAGGUCGCCCGCCAGCCCCACACCAAGGUGCUCAUCUGUACGCACACUAACAGUGCUGCAGACAUCUAUAUCGCCUAGCAUUUCCACAGCCAUGUCAGCAGCGGUCACCCCAAGGCCACUCCACUCUGGGUGAUGGACACGGGCUGCCCACUGAGCCAGACAGACGCGGCCACGCUGCGCUACUGUUGCCUGACCAAGGACUGCCGGGCCUUCCGCGUGCCGAUGUGGGCUGAGCUGGAGCGACACCGCAUCGUGGUCGCCACCGCGUCCCAGGCCCGCAAGCUCAGGGUGCCCGCCAGCUUCUUCUCCCACGCGCCCCACUCCUUCUUGAGGAUCAUCGAUGAGGCCACCCAGAUGCUGGAGUGAGAGACGCUCACCCGGCUACGCUGCGCCACGCUCGGCAUCUGCCUGGUCCUGGCCGGGGACCCCAUGCAGGUCGCGCCCAGGCUCUCCCGCGCAGCCGGGGCCCCGUGGCGGGACCCACGCUGCCGCGCUGCCUGGCCCAGCACUGCCGGGAGGAGACGCACAUGGCUGCCGAGAGGGGCCACAUCACUGCACGGGAACUGCUGCUGCACCGAGGUCAUCGUCAGCUUUGUCUCCCGCCACUUCUACGUGGCCAGGGGCAGCCCCAUCCACGCCAGUGGCAAGAUCCUGCACCACCCCCAACACUAACCUCUCACCUUCUGCCACGUGGCGGGCAGCCCGGAGCACGACAUGUCUACGACAACUUGGCUGAGCACGGCCGAGGUCGUGUAGGUCAUUGAGAAGGUGCAAGAGGUCUGUGACACCUGGCUCCACUGCUGGGGCGCCCAGGAGCAGAGGGCCAUCUGCGCUGUGUCCCACGGUGCUCAGGUGAGCACGCUGAGGCAGGAGCUGAGGAAGAGGAACCUGGGCCAGGUCUCUGUGUGCAGCUUGGAGAUCCUGCCAGGGCACCCACCCUUCUGGGUGGUGGUGCUGACCAUGGUACACGCCCACCGGAGCCUGCUGAGCCCGGGGGCACCUGCCCUGGAGUUCUUCACGGACGCUCCCAUGCUCAACAGCGUCACCCAUGCCCAGUCCCAGGUGGUGGCCGUGGGUGACGCCAUGGCCCUCCGCUCCCUCGGGGCCUGCAGCCAGCUCUGGACGAGCUUCCUCGGUCCGCCCCGGGGGCCUGUCUCUGGGGCAGGUGGAGCAGAGCCUGGUCCAGAGGCAGCGCUGGGCCCAACGAGCAGAGAGCUCUGUGGCAGCGGGGGCCGGGGACCCCAUCCCAGAGGAGGGGCGGGGGAGCCCUGCGCCGACAGCUCCACCCUGCAGGAGCUCCUGGAUGGGACCCGGAGUGUGACCGUGGCCGUCUGGGAGGACGGGCUGCUGGACACCUUCGCCAGGCCCUUGUCCCCCUGGCCGAUGCAGCAGUAUGUGAACCUGCCACGGGCCACACCAGAACUGCUUCUCAGGCAUCGCACGCGGUACCACCGCUGCACUUUGCAGCAGGAGACCUUCGAGCGGGGGACCGCCAUCCCACCAGGCGAUGAGCACCGCGGCCCCAUCCAGGUCAAGGGCCGCCUGCACCACGGGAUGGCCUUCGCGGGCGACGAGGUGCGGGUGAAGGUCCUCAGUGAGGGUUUCACAGAGCCGCUGGGCCACGUGGUGAGCGUGUUCUGGAGGGGCUGCCGCCAGCUGGCCUUUGUGUGCCGCGUGGACGAGUGGGACCGCGUCGUGACCCCCAGCGAUGGCUCUGUGACCAAGACCUUUGUGCCUGGGCUGAAGGACCCGCUGCGGGUGCCCGUCUACCGCCUCCUGCAGGGCCAUGUGCAGCACGUGGGGUAGGAGCAGGUCUCGGCGGAGGCCCGGCACCGCUGGCUCUUUGAGCGCGUAGGCCUGUGGCGGCAGUGCUUCUACUACCUGCUGGGCGGCGUCCUGAAGGUGCUGUCCAAGGCCACCACCUGGGAGCAGAGUCUCCGAAUUCCAGAGCUGGAACAUGGGCUGAAGUGGGGAGCCUCAUCCGACCCAGCCUUGGUCUCCGAGGCGCUGCAGAAUUACCACGCGGAGCUAAGCCGGGUGCCCAGCUGCUGGGAGGAGUGCCGGAGUUUCCUGAUCUUCACCGUGGACGCCCAGGGCACCUGCAACCUGGACGACGCCCUUAGCGUCCGGGGCCUGGGCCCCACGUACGAGGUGGCCGUGCACAUCGUCGACGUGGCCAGCUGUGUGCCCAGGGAUGGGGCAGUAGACGUGGAGGCCGGUAGGCGGGGCGGCGCACUCUACGCCCCUGACCGGGAGCCGGUGCACGUGCUGCCCAGCCUCUGCCGGGAAGCGCUGAGCCUCCUGCUGGGCCGGGACCACUUGGCCACCUCCCUGUUCCUGACGGUGGAGAAGGACAGCGACCGGCUCAAGAGUCUGCCCUUUGCGCCCUCCGUGAUCCGCUCUGACCACCAGCCGUCCUAAGAGGAGGCCUGCCUGGACUCCGUGGACGCCUGCAUGGCAGCCGCGUGCCACUUCGCCCAGGUGCUGUGUCAGCGCCGUCUGCAGGACAGCUGCCAUUACAAGCCGGACGAGGACAGCGCGCUCGGCUUCCGCGCGGCCCACGUCAUGGGCAGGGAGUACAGGGUCUAGCUCACCAGCCUGGUGGCCGCAUUCCUGGUGGAUGACGAGUCCACAGCAAAGGUCACACCUGUGAGGUGGCAGCUUGCACCCAACCGCUACAGGCUCAGGCUGGCCGAGCACGCCCAUGGCCUGGGGAGCUGCCCGGGGCUGCGGCUCAUGUGGCGGCGGUGCCGCAUUUACUCGGCGCAGGUGGCUGGGCCGUGCCCCCUGCUGCCUGGCACCCUGCUUGAUGCCCACACACGUCCCGUGGAUGCUGCCAUGUAAGCUAGCGAAGGAGCAGCGCUUGCCUGAGGAAGCUGCCCGGUUCAGGAGCAGGGCGCCACGGAGCCCAGGCCUCGGGAGCCGGGUCAGGCACGCCAGAAGGAGCUGGGCAACGGGGAUAUGCUGCAGCUGCGGCUCAGUGCCACCCUGCAGUGUGGGCUCCUGGCGCCGGCCCUGCAGCUGUGGACCGUGGCGGCUGGCCUCAGCCUUUGACUGGAGCACGUAGAUCAGCCAGGGGCCUGCUUCUCCGCCGGCCUCAAGGACCUGGGCGUCCGGCAGAUCCUCGUGGAUGAGGCGGGCACGGCCACUGAGCCCAAGACCCUCAUCCUGCUGGUGAGCUUCUCACAGGCUAAAGUGGUUCUUCUUGGGGACCGGCAGCUGCGGCCUGUGGUCAAGAAUGAGCAGCUGCAAAACCUGGGCCUGGACGGGUCUCUGUUCGAGAGGUAGCACAGGGGCGCCCUCCCACUGGACACGCGGUACUGCAUGCACGAGGGCGUCUGUGCUUUCCCUUCUGUGGAGUUCUACAAAAAGAAAUUAAAGACGUGGCAGGGCCUGAGGCAGCCGCCCAGCAUCCCGGGCCACUUGAACAAGGAGAGCUGCUCUGUCAUCUUUGGCGAUGUGCGGAGCCCUGAGGACAGCCUGCUGGUGUUGACGGACCAAGGGGGCAAGGAUUCCAAGGCCAAAGAGCAGGCGGCAGCUGUGGUCUGCAUCACCAAACAGCUGACCCUGAGAGGGACAGUGGACCCCGAGGACAUCGCCAUCCUCGAGCCCUACCAUGCCCAGGUGUCGGAGAUCAGAAAGAGACUCGAGGAAGCUGGUGUCACCGGCGUGACCGUGUGCUCCGCCACCCAGAGACAGGGGAGCGAGCGGCGUGACGCCCUGGUGAGCACCGUCUGCGCCUGCCUGGAGAGCGGCCUGGACCGUGGCACGAGGAGCUGGCUGAAAAGUUCCUGGGCCCAGGAGGCGCUCUGCAUCAUCGGAGACCAGCUCCUCCCGCACUGCUGCUGCCCACUCUGGAGCGGACACCUGUGA